AUGACCAAGGCGAUACUCGACGAACUGCAACGGGAAGGACAUGCUACAAAGAAAGAUAUCACACCAUCGAAGAAGUUCAUGAUUGAUUUGUUCAGUAGCCUCCGACGAGACGAAAUCUUGCAAAAUAAAUCCGAACGACUUUCACCUCAAACCCACAUUCACCACUCGGACACGGUGCGAAGUUUCUCUGCCAAAGUUCCUUUGUCGGCUAGGCAACGUCGUCGCAAUCGACUUUUCUACGAAUUCUUCAUCCCUGUCCUUCCGGAACACGAACGGACUCAUGUGGUGGAAUUCCGUGUUCUUAAUUCCAACGCAACGCCUACAACGUCCCCAUUAUCAGGUGACAUUCCAUUAGCGACUAGCAACCGGCGUGACCGUCGCUCUUGGGCUGUGGUCGUUAAAAAGAACGGCAUUCGCAUCUACAAAGGUACCAGAAGGUACCGACCUAUUAAAGAUGGCAUGUAUGAUGUAUUCGAUGUUACCGAAGCAGUAGCUUCAUAUCUAAACGAAAAUCGGGGAAAUUUGAUCAUCGUUAUUAAAGAACGAUCCCGUGAUGAAAACGAUGACGACGACGACGAUGAUGAUAGCAAGGAGGGCCACGAUUCAUCUGAUAAAGUCAAUUGUGCCAGUCCAGGAAACGGAUUAUUGGUUCUUUAUUCCCGUAACAGUCAUUUCUUUCAUGACAUAUAUCAGCGAUUCACAACUGGGUCCUCUCCUGUCAUCGCUGAGCAUCGUCAACGCCGACAUUCACAGAUGAACGGAGCACAGCGUCGACGCCAGCUUUCAUCAUAUUUUCUCACACUCAUCUCUUAUUUUUUUCAUAUUUUCUCACACUCACAUCUUAGUUUUCUCAUAUCCUUUCACACUCAUAUCUUAGUUUUCUCAUAUUCUCUCUCACAUCUUAAUUUUCUCAUACUCUUUCACACUCAUAUCUUAGUUUUCUCUUUCUCUCUCACAUUUUUUUUUUUCUCAUAUCCUUUCACACUCAUAUCUUAUUUUCUCAUAUUCUCUCUCACAUCAUCUCUUCAUUUUUUUUUCAUAUUUUCUCUCACAUCUCACAUCUUAGUUUUCUUCUUCUCUCUCAUCCUUUCACACUCAUAUCUUAGUUUUCUCAUAUUCUCUCUCACUCAUAUCUUAAUUUUCUAA